AACACAAUAAAGCAGUAAACAGCAACACAACAACAACCUACAUUUCGCGCCAUUUGCAGCUCUGAAAGACAAGAUGGAGUCAAGAUCUCCUGUCAAUUUCUCGAUGCUUCAGAAACACGUUGGCCGAUUAGUUUCUGUUAUUGGAAAAGUUAAAGAUGUGAAUCCAAGUGGGAAUCAAAUAAAUCUACUUAUGUCGGAUGGACAAGAAGUCAGAGUUGCCCUUAAAGAUACUCUUGAGGAGCUGCUUGAUGGAUAUGUCCAGAUGACGGCAAUGGUCGAAAGUGAUGGUUCUCUUACUGCUGAAAACUUAAUAAGUUUUGGAAAUGGAGAAAUUGAUUUGAAUCUGUACAAUGAGGCUGUCAAUUUGGCAACAAAGUACAACCAACUGUUUGUGUUCACCAAAUAGAAUGACAUUAAAUAAAGCUUAUAGUUGACAGAAGAGAUAAACUGUUUCUGUAACUAUGUGGAAGUAUUAAAGCCAGAAUAGAGCUUAAUCAAGUUUAACAUCUAAACAGUGUGUACCACGUAAAAUUGAAUCAUUAAUAUGUUGUAGAUUUUGUAUUAUAA